AUGGUGACUUCAGCCAAACAACACACCAACGAGGAAUCGUACAUCUCGUGGCAUCAGCGCUCCGAGCUCGAUAAACUUGCUGACCUACCUCGCGAGCUCGAUGAUGAGCUCACACGCUUGGAUCAGGACUUCUGGGUAUCAUCCCAGAAGCUCAAGGACAUUGUGGAGCGCUUCCGCGGAGAGCUAGACGAGGGACUCUCCAAAGAUGGCCAGAACAUCCCAAUGAAUGUCUCGUGGGUACCCAGCUUGCCGACUGGAAGAGAGAAGGGCACGAUUCUAACACUAGACCUUGGCGGCACGAACCUAAGACUCUGCAAGGUGGUGCUGCAUGGUGAUGAGGCACACGGAGAAGAGAAGAGCACGCUGGACCAGGAACAGUACAAGUUGCCCGAGGAGCUGAAGACGGGCGAUGCGGAGAGUCUGUGGGCUUUCAUCGCGGAGAAAGUUGAAACGUUUGUAAAAGACAAGGGCCUCGACAAGGAGUACAGCACAGCGAACCCGAUGCCGUUUGGUUUCACCUUUUCAUAUCCAGCAACACAGGAACGCGUCGACCAUGCAGUCUUACAGACGUGGACGAAAGGAUUCGAUAUCAAGGGGGUGGAAGGCCAGGAUGUGGCAAAACAGCUGCGGGAUAAGAUUGAAGAGAAAAGUCUGCCCGUUGAACUUGUCUGUGUAAUCAAUGACACAGUAGGAGCAAUGAUAGCGUCCGCUUACAAUGACCCGAAGACGGUCAUCGGCGCGAUAUUCGGCACGGGAUGCAAUGCAGCAUACAUGGCUAGCUUGUCCGACGUCACGAAGCUCGACCCUAGCGACGAAAGAAUAGCCGCCAUGCAAGACACCAAUACCAGUACCGAACAUCAGAAGAUGGCCAUAAAUUGCGAGUACGGUGCGUUUGACAACUCUCACCGCGUCCUCCCACGGACGAAAUACGACAGGCAGAUCGACGCCGACAGUCCGCGACCAGGCGAACAGGCAUUCGAAAAACUAUCCGCCGGCCUCUACCUCGGCGAGAUAUUCCGCCUCAUACUGGUCGACCUCGCCGACAGAGGGCUUGUGUUCAAGGACCAAGACACAAAGAACCUGCACGAAAGCUAUGCGCUAGAUACCGGCUUCUUAUCACAGAUUGAAGAAGACGAAUCCCCAGGUUUCUCGCAGACACGCGACUUGUUUCAUGCAAAGCUCGGAUUGCAGCCGAUGGACGUUGAAAUCGAGCUCUCCCGCCGCCUCGCAGAACUCAUCGCCGUCCGCGGGGCGCGCCUCUGUGCGUGCGGCCCUGCAGCUAUUUGCACGAAGGAAGGCAUUACGGCUGGACAUGUUGCGGCCGACGGAAGCGUGGCAAACAAGCACCCCAAGUUCAAGAGGAGAUGGACGAAGGCGCUGGGUGAAGUUCUGGACUGGAAAAAGGAAUGGGGAGAGGAUGGAGACGGCGCAAGAGGUCCCAUCAAGAUUACCAGUGCCGAGGAUGGGAGUGGCGUGGGCUGUGCGAUAAUUGCUGCUAUGGAAAUUGCGAGACGGAACAAGACGCGGGGCAGAGGACAGUGA